UUGGUGUGUUUACAGCGGAAUGCCCUGGCUGUCCGGGUGUCCGUGGAGCAGGGGGUGCUGCAGGGGGAGCAGCUGACGACAGUCACAAAGGACGCUACGUACUACAGUUUUAAAGGAAUACCGUACGCCGCCCCACCGGUUGGCAAACUAAGGUUUCAGCCUCCUCGACCACCAGCAAGAUGGAAGGGAAUAAGAAAUGCUACACAACAUGGAAGCAUAUGCAUACAAGUAGAUUCGGUCAGUCAGGAAUUCUUACCCUGUAGCGAAGACUGUCUCUUCUUGAAUGUCUACACUCCAAACAUGAAGCCAUCAUCACCAUUGACUGUCAUGCUCUUCAUCCACGGCGGAGGCUUCAUGAGUGGUUCGGGCAACGACGACCUUUACGGACCCGAUUUCUUCAUGAGUCAAAACAUAAUUCUUAUAACAAUCAACUACAGGUUAGAUGCUAUAGGAUUUUUAAAUUUGGGUUCCAAGGAAGUUUCCGGGAAUGCAGGAAUGAAAGAUCAAGUCGCGGCCUUGAAAUGGGUGCAACGUAAUAUAGCACAGUUCGGUGGUAAUCCGAAAAAAGUAACCAUCUUUGGUAGUUCAGCCGGCGGUAUCAGUUGUCUUCUACACUGCAUAUCACCGAUGACUAAAGGAUUGUUCAAUAGAGCGAUAGCUAUGAGUGGCGUUCCCUUAAUGGAUUUCGGUCUUGAGUUUGAAUCUAUAAGACGAGGGUUUAAUUUAGGAAAGAUUAUGGGCUACGAAACAAAGAAUGCCACUGCGCUUCUUGAAUUCUUGCAAAAUGCUCCAGCGUAUCAAUUGCUUAACACCAAACCACAUGUAAUAAUAGCGGAGGAAUAUAUAAACCACCUUGGGAAAAUGUAUCAAUUUGGACCGGUUGCAGAAGGAGAUUUCGGCCAGGAGAGAUACUUGACGGAUGCAUUUGUUAUGUCACUUGUAAACGGAAAUAUUAACGACAAUGAUAUAAUGAUAGGCUACUCAAAUAAUGAAGGUUUGUUCGGCAUCUCUUACUACGAAGAUUAUUUAAUCGAUGUAUACAACAAGUAUCCUGAGUUGCUAAAUCCAAGAAGAUUACUGUACUAUAUCAGUGCAAAGGAUUACUUACCGUUGUCUGAUGAUAUUAAGGAUUAUUACUUUGGAACCAAACCUAUAAGCCUGGAUACGAUGAAGGAAUAUGUUAACUACCGAAGUGAUACGGUAGAAUAUCAAUCAUUGAGGUACAUGAGAGACGUUUACAGAGCAUAUUCGAAAAAGAAAUUCUUGUACCGGUUUUCUGGAGACACAGAAAGGAAUUUUUACAGUAAAGACAAGGUUAGGUACGGGUUAUCUGGAGCAGGCCACAGAGACAUCGAGAUGUAUUUAUUCCAUGCCAACUCGCUCAAGUUGCCAAUCAAUACUGAUAGUGAAUCAUUUGGAAUAAUUAAACAGUUAACCACUCUGUUUGCUAACUACGCCAAGUUCGGAAACCCAACACCUGACUCGUCACUCGGAGUAACAUGGAACGAAUAUGACGCGAAAAAAGAGAGCUACUUGGACAUUGGAUCAAAACUGACUCCUGGAACUCAUCCCGAGGCGAAUGUGAUAAAGUUCUGGCGAAACCUGUACGAAGGAGCGAACAGAUUCUUCUACCAUGUUGGCGUUAUACCACCAACAGAAUGAUUAUAACAUUAAAUAGAUUGUUACUUUGAGGAUGUUCAAUCAACCGAUAAAUCCAAGCGACAACGUCACCA